UGCAGCCUGCAACAUGCAACUUGGAGGUCCCCCCACGACCGGGACUGGACGAAAAUACCCAAAAAAAAAAACAAGACCAUCCCGAAAAACAUACUUUGCUUUUUAACGGUCUCAGAUCCAUGCGAACCACGCCAGUACAUCAUCGUCUCGGAGUAAAAGAUCGGUUGAACGACCUCAAAUUGGCUUUUUGCCGAAUCUGGUGGACACUACACUAGCCAAGCCCUGUCUGCCGUUGGUGGCCCAUGGGCGACGAUGCUCAACGCCGAAUGUCCCCUAAGACGGGGAGAUCGGGCGAGGUUUUACCCACCUCAUGGAUGAUGAUUGCAAGUGCCCGGGCGCGCACCAACGAAACGACUAGGCUCGAUUUGUUCAAGAAGCAUCCAACCACCUCCUCUGCACUCCAUCAUCUCAACCGAUCUCUGGUCUGGUGGAUGAUCUGCCUGCAAUGUCAUCACCCAUCACACAUCUCGGUUGCCGCCAUCCCGGAACCCAGGGGUAUGGAUGUACAGUUCCUCCCUCGGCUGGCUGCUGUCGAUGGAUGGCGUUCGCGGGGCGCAUCAAAUCCGGCAGGAUGCCUCCCCACGUUUCCCCCAGUGGUGCAGCCUCCCCCGGAUUCAGGGAUGCUAGUCCCUCGAAUGAUUGCCGUUUUGUGCCACAGUAACUCUGGAGUGUUCUACAGUAGAACCAACCGACGUCAGAUACACAACACACUAACCCCACAGGUUCCGCCUGUCACCAACGCCUUGCCUGCCUUGUCUGUGUCUGGGGUACAGGUCCAGCCCCCGCUCCUUCACUAUCCCGGCCGUGCUACCCGUUUCCCCAAUAUUUUCACGGUAACGAGCUCAGCUCCCAGUUCGCGCCGGCGGUCUCAUGUCUCAGACUGAGUCGAUGUCACGGCAUCGGAUCUCGUCGGCCGCGUGAUCACGCUUCGGGUCUCACGGCGGCAUUUCUGGCAGGUGGCAGGACUUCUGUAACCGGAGAUUCUGCCAGGUCCCGGCGAGCAUGCCGGGCCGAGCCAUACCCCCCCCAUCGUUCUUAGGUGGCGGAGCGGCUUGGGAGCACGUGGUGCAGAACUUGGGAUUCGCCAAUGUCUCUCUCCAGCCCCCGGGAUCCGUCGGGCCCCUAACAAACGACGUAAAUGGUUCGGAAGGGACGUGGAGCGCGGGCUUGCGGAAACC